AUGAGUAGCGCUAAACGACAGCCACUUAAAGCUGGCAAGGAGAAUCAAAAUGUUCCUGUGGAAACAGCAGAACAACGUAUUGAGAAUCUUGAGGCAAUUGUCACUUUACAAGCUGCAACAAUUAAUAAUUUUCAAGGUAUGAACGAGCAGCUUGUACGUUUACUCAAUGAAUAUCAAAAAACAAUCCAUGAACAUCAAGAAACAAUUUGCAAGUUGAAGGACGAUGUAAAACAGCUAAAGGAUGAACUUCCCAGGUCGAACAGUUACGGUCCGUAUACGGCCAUUAACGGUUACUUUACGACUAUUUUACGGGCGAAAUUUUGCCGUAAUAUCUGGCGCAGUAAUACGGACCGUAUUAUCAUGAGAGUACGGAGCACAAACAGCCGUGAAGAUACCUUUUUGACAUCGUUUACCGUCGACAAACAGACCGUAAACGAGUCCGUUUUGAUCAACCUGGGUUGCUGGUGA